AUUCGAAUGCGCAACGCCUGUGCGACCGUGAUUGUCGACGGUGUUCUCAGAAAUGCGGACGUCGCUCGUCGCGUGAAGGAGGGACACUCGUCGACAUAAGCACCGACAGCGGGAAUCUACCGCCUUUGGAGCUUUCAGGUCUGGAGGGAAAGCUGUGCCGUCAAGUGAGGCUCGGAAGACAUGGUUGGGCCCAAUGUUUCCUUGUGACUAACCGUCCCGGAGGGUGGAACGAUCGCCACACAGGGUGCAUCCUUCAGAACGCCUUCCGAACACGAGCGUACAAAUACCGAACUCGCGACGCUGUGCAAGGUGUAUCCUGUGAGCCCUGUGGCAGGGCCUGGUGCGGCACGAUCCGUAUGGGAGCUAAGUCCCGAUCCCGACAUGGUCGGGCAUCUACCGAACAAUCUGAUAUCCAGCGCGAGCCAUCAGAAUCAUCAUGGCUCGGACAAAACUGCACGACAGAGAAGCCGUCCUGAUGACAACAUCUACGCCGACGAGACCACGCCCGGCCAAAGUCCUACCGACGAGACCAAACAGAUCUUCGAGCUGCUCAGAGCCGGCGAGAUUGAGGCGGUCGAGGAACUGGUGGAGAAGAACGGCUUAAGCGUGCUCAGCGCGAGGGAUGAAUGGGGAUACACACCUGCCCAUUGGGCCGCUUUGGAUGGCAAUAUUGAAGUCAUGAGAUACUUAAUAGAGCGCAGCGGGCCCGUCGAUCUGCCGUGCCUCGGCACGCAAGGACCUAGACCGAUACAUUGGGCUUGUCGGAAAGGUCAUAGUGCAAUAGUACAAUUAUUAUUAAAGGCGGGAGUCGCCGUCAACGCAGCCGACUUCAAGGGCCUGACGCCUUUGAUGACCGCCUGCAUGUUCGGCAAGUUCGCGACCGCUGCCUUUUUGCUAGGAUCUGGCGCGUUAGGGCACUUGACUGAUAUAAACGGCGACACCGCGUUGCACUGGGCUGCGUACAAGGGCCACGCCGAAUUGAUCAAACUGCUGAUGUACAGCGGCGUGGAUCUGCAGAAACCCGAUUAUUUCGGCUCGACACCGCUCCAUUUGGCUUGUCUGUCCGGGAAUAUCAGCUGCGUCCGAAUUCUCUGUGAAAAGAGCAAGAUCGAGUUGGAGCCGCGCGACAAAAACGGCAAGACGCCGCUGCAGUUGGCCAAGAGUCAUCGUCACUCGGAGAUCGUACGGAUUCUGCAAGCAGAACAAAAGCGCAGAGCUAGAUGGAUACCGCCUAUCAAUGAAUUAUGGGCGCUGCUCUUCGGCGGAGCGGGCAACAGCAAAGGACCAUUGCUGCUAUUCAUGAUAUCUGUAUUGGUGUGGGGAUACCCGAUGUACUUGUUGAAAUGCAUUCCGUUGACGUGGAACCUCCUGCGCGGUAGUCACUACUGUUUCAUUUACUGGAACAUUCUUAUGUGGAUAUCGUGGGUCGUCGCUAACAGGAGAGAUCCCGGCUACGUGCCGCAGAACAGCGAUACUUACUAUAGAGCGAUAAAACAGAUUCCAUAUUUCGACAAGUGGAAGAAGCGAAACGUCUUGCUGUCGCGUCUGUGUCACAGUUGUAGAUGUUUCAGACCGCUUCGAGCUAAGCAUUGCAGAAUUUGCAACAGAUGCGUCACGUAUUUCGAUCACCACUGUCCCUUCAUAUAUAAUUGCGUCGGCCUGAGGAACAGAAUGUGGUUCUUCCUGUUCGUGAUGUGCGUGGCAAUAAACUGCUCUUUCACCUUGUACUUUGCGUGCUACUGCAUUGCGAUCGAGGGAAUUCAGCUGCUGUAUGUCCUCGGUGUUUUAGAGGCUCUCGUUUUCUGCGGACUUGGCUGGAUUCUAACGUGUACUUCGGUCCUACACGCCUGCAUGAAUCUAACUACCAACGAAAUGUUCAAUUACAAGAGAUAUUCAUACCUGAGGGACAAGAGAGGUAAAUAUCUAAAUCCCUUCAGUCGUGGGCCCGUGCUUAACUUCAUCGAGUUUUUCCUCUGCCCUCCGGAUCAUCAAACAAACGAUCUUCAGCAUUAUCACAUUCUCUCGGAAGAUGUCAUGUAACACAAACGACACAUGGAUCUCCGAGUGAUUUACUUUUCACGCACUUUCGCAGCCAAGCGUAAUCACUGAGUACAUGACAACGAUACAAAUGAUUAUUUUUCCAAAUUAUUAGGAUCUUGAAUAAGUUCUCGCUGAUCAUGAAAAUUAAUGCUUUAUUUAAAAAAAGUAAAAAACAUGUCACUGAAA